ACGAAACUCACUCGGCUCGCACUAGCAGCACUUGACCGGAAGUGGCACAGUGGCGUUCGCCAGACGAGCACAAUCAUCGUGUACUCGCCACUUUCCCUGUUCGCGCGAACAUGAAUGUAGAGUCGGCGGCUCAGGUCCAGACGGACGACGUCGAGCUGGAAGACGGGGAGAUUUGCGACGAUGACGGCGAGGAGACCUCUGCCGCCCGGCGGGGGGAGGGGAACAGCAGCAGGCCUCUGCGGGGUCCGAGGCCGCCCUACAUGGCCCACCCUCAGGCGAACUUUCGCCACAUGAUGGCCUACGACGUCCACGGACCCCAGUGCGGGCCGAGCGGGCCGGACCGACCUCACGCUCCCUGUCCUCCGCCGUCGGCGCCGCCGCCGGGGCUCGCUCCUCUGUGCGGGGGGCCCGGUCCGAGGCCCAGCUUUUGGGAGCGGAGCCACGGCGCUCUGGGGAGGUUCAGACACCGAACCGUACCAAACGGAGGACGAGGGGCCUGGAACCGGGGAGGCUGGGCCGGCCCCAGACGCCCCAUGGGUCGGUAUGGGCCUGGAGAGAACAGUAACAGCCGGAACGAGUCUCCCGGCAGGAAACAGAAGCCGCUCGGAAGGAGUCUGGCGAGAAGAGCGCCAACUAGUCUGGCCAAGUGCGGCGGUGGUGCCGAGUCCUUCGAGGAUCUGCUGUCCAAGUACAAGCAGAUCCAGCUAGAGCUGGAGUGCAUCCGCAAGGAGGAGAGCAUGGCGCUGGAAGCCGAGGUCCAGGGGUCGGAGGUCAAGGUUCAAGGGGCGGAGGCCAAGGUCCAGAGGUCAGAUGUCAGGGUUCAAGGUGCGGCGGCCAAGCUUCAAGGGGCAAAGGCCAAGGUUCAGGGGACGAAAAAGCGUCCCGCGCAAGCCAUCCCGCUUCCCCAAGUGUCCGCCCAGCUUCCGGCAGAGAACAAGAAAAGUUUCCAGGCGUUUAACAUCAAACCGCUGCGCAUCACACUGUUCACGCCGGCCAGUCUGGACACGAGCGCCGAGGAGGAACGGCAGCAGCACGAGGAAGCGGCGACGCAGGCGGACGCAGAUCCCGCGGCGGCAAAGAAGGCGGAGGAGGUUGCGAAGGCGUGUGUUUGUUGCGGCGAGGAAGGAAAGGAUGACGGCAAAACGCCCGGCAGAGAGUCGUCCGCCUCCAGCGAGGACGUCUUCAUCUGUCUCGAUGAGGUGGAGGAGGAGGACCUGUCGGAGCUCCACCUGCGGCUGCUCGCCCUGCAGUCGGCCAGCAGAAAGUGGCAGCAGAAGGAGCAGCAGGUGAUGAAGAGGAGCAGAGAACCGGCGGCGGGCAGGCCGAGGCCCGCCGACCGCAGGACCAGACCCCGGUCCAAACCUCAAGACAGAGAGCGAGACAAGGCCAAGCCCGGGCCCAGAGAGCGACCUAAACCCGCUCCCAGGACCGCAGCCAGAACUCCUCCGGACAGAAGCAGAGGCAAGAAGAGCACGGGCCCAGCCUCGGCGAGCAAACAAGCGUUGCGGAAACAACAGCUGCGCACAUCUAAGCUUCAGCGGAAGCAGGAGGAAGACGAAUGGCAUAAACGAGAGGACGAAAUCCGCAAGAUCCGCGAUCUAUCCAACCAGGACGAGCAGUACAAGCGCUUCAUGAAGCUGGUGGGCGGCAAGACGCACGGCUGCGCCAAGGUCAGGGGUGGAGAACUGAGAAAGUCCUCCACCGGUAGGACGGGCCCAGAUGCCACAGGAAACCUCUACCAGUACGACAACUACGACGAGGUUGCCAUGGACACGGACAGUGAACCCGGUUCCCCAGCACGUCCUCCUUUCCCAGCAGAAGACUCGGCGGCGGCGUCUUUCCCUCUGCCGCCGCUUUACGUGAAGCCCUUCGCCGCCUGCGCCCCUCCCCCGCCGCCCCCCCUCCCCCCUCUGACCAGCAAUCCGGCGCCCCCUCCCAAGCCUCCGUUUGCUGAUGAGGAAGAGGAGGAGGAGAUGCUGCUCAGGGAGACCUGUCUCAUGUCCAUGGCCAACAAGCGGCUGGGGACCGCAGAGCAGGAGCAGUUCUGGAGCGGUCCCCCCUCCCCGAGCGGGGCUCCCCCCGCAGGCGUCGAGCAGCCCGCCCGAGGAAACCUGAGCGCUGUCAGCCUGAACACCAUGACGGUGGUGCGCGGAGACAAGUUCACGCGAGGAGGAGCUUCCAGAGCACCACUGGUGCUGCCACGUCACAAGUCCGUGGUGGUGUGUCUGAACGAGUCGGACGACAGCGAUUCUGACUUGGACGCCGCGGCGCAGGGGAUGUUCGGCGGCCUGGAGUUCAUGAUCAAGGAAGCCCGGAGGACGGCCGAGGUCAUCGCCACCAAGUCCAAAGGCGCGUCGGAGAAGGAGAACAAUCCGGUGCGGACGCCCGAAGCUUUGUCCGAGGCCAAGAAGGCAGAGUACCGCUUCCUCAGGGAGGAGCUGGCCAGCAGAGAGAAGCAGAAGGCGUCCCAUCCCGGCGCUCGCUCGGCGGCCGCCGAUCCCGCCGCCCCGUCGCCGGCGAGUGAAGCCGAGCGCAAGCUACUGAAGCAAAGAGAGUUGCUCCUGCGAGACGAGGCGCUGCUGAAGAACCUCCUGCAGCAGCAGCUCAAGAAGUCCGAGUCGCUCAAGGCGGCCGAGUCCAAGGCGGCCAGGCUGAGGGAACAGACGCAGGCCACCGAGAAGAUCGUGCAGGUCAACAAGACGCUGCUCAAGAAGAUUCAGGAGCAGGUGCGGCGCGUGGAGCACCGCGUGUCCAUCAAGAAGACGCUGGCGGCCCGCUUGGAGCAGGAGCUACUCUGGACUCAGAAGGCUACGGGAAGAGAACCCAAACGCAAAGCCGGAGCCGUCCACAAGCCGGCCAGGAAGCUUCAGCGGGUGGAUGCCGCCAAUCACUUUGCGGCACUGAUGGCUCAGAAGCAGCGUCUGCAGCAACUGGAGUCCGAAUACGCUCUGAAGAUCCAGCAGCUGAAGGAGGCCCAGGCCCUGCGCAACAAAGUGACGCCGAGCGAGCGGCGGCCCAAACCCGCCGCGCUUCCCGACCCUAAAGUUUGCCUUUCGGCUUCCCCGGGACCGCCUCAGCCCUCCCUGCACGACCUCACCCAGGACGUCCUCGUGCUGGACAGCGAGGAUGGCCCGGAGGCGGACGAUCCCGAGGCGGAGCGCCCCGAGACGGAAGCCUCGGAGAGGACCGGCACCCCCUACGCGGCGUCCGCUCGCCCUUGGCGCCGCUCCGACGCCACCAAACCCAACCUGGAGCAGCCGAGCUCCGCCCCCGCCGCCGUAGGCCGCGGCGCCGCCAAGCCCGUCGAGAGCUCUAAGGACGGACCCGCAGAUUUGGAAGCGCUGAGACGCCGGCACCGACGGCGGCCCGGGCUGGGAGAGCUGGUCCUGGGAGAGCUGGCCGUGCUGGGGGAGUCGCUCAAAGCGGAGGGAGAUGCGGACGCGCCCAAAAGCACCAAGGUGCAGGUGCAGGUGCAGGUGCUCACAGCGGACGCGGAUGCAAGUACAAGCGUGUGCUGGCCCAGCAGGCUGGUUCCUUUAAGCCCUUACCGCAGUCCUCUGUUGGUCUUCAGGUCUUACAGGUUCAGUCCGUACUACCGGACCAAGGAGAAGUUAUCCCUGAGCUCGGCCACCUACAGCAACGUCAUCCAGCCCCGACGCUGCUUCUGUCGCUUUGACCUGACGGGAACCUGCAACGACGACGACUGCGCAUGGCAGCAUGUCAGGAGCUGCACGCUGGCAGGAAAUCUCCUCUUCCAGGAUGUGCUCUCGUACAACUUGUCUCUGAUCGGCUGCUCGGACAGCAGCUCCGACAGCCAAGUCGGCGCCGCCGCAGAAAAGUACGUGAGCAAGCUGUUGGGUCCGCACAAAGGCGGGAUAGCGGCAGACCAGACCGCCGUCUUCCUGGUCAGCAAAGUCAACGAGAGCCGUCGUCACGUGCCGCCCUUCACCACCUGGAAGGGCAAAAGGAAAUGGAGGCCAUCUGCGCAGAGCGAGCGCAGCGCCGACUGGGACAGCGAGGAGGACGCGUCAGGAGAGCGGCGGCCAUGCGGAACGUCUGAUGUGCGCGUGAGCCGGUUAGACGCGUGCGUGACGUCUGAGGACAAGCGUUACUUUGUCAGCGACACGGACGACAUCUGCAAGCUGGAGAGCGGCGUGUCGGACAACCCCGGAGACACGCAGCUGUGGAUCAAGCUGGCCUUCAGAUACCUCCGCCAAAACGACAAGCCGCCGACCGAGUGUUUGGAGGCGGCCCUGAACACACUGUCUCGCGCGCUGGAGCACAACUGCGACCACCCCGAAGUGUGGACUCACUACCUGACGCUUUUCUCCCGCCGCGGACGCCGCGACGAAGUGCAGGAGAUGUGUCAGAUGGCCGUGGAGCACGCGCCGCACCGCCGCGUCUGGUGGAACUAUCUGAGCUUGGCGAGCACGUUUGAGGGGAAGGACUCUGUGUGCGAGCGUCUCCUCCACUUCCUGCUGGGCGAGGCGGCGGGCGGGUGCGUGUCCGAGGAGCGCUCCUUCCAGCUUUUGGAGGCUCUGCUCUACCGCGUCCACUUGAACGUCUUCACGGGCCGCUCGGAGGCCGCCCUCGCCAUCUUUCAGGACGCCUUGAAGCGCGUCGGCCCGCACGGCGUCGGCAAGCGCCUCCGAGCGGGCCACCGCGCACUGGCCUGGUUGGCGUACAUCCACUUGAAGGAGUUCGGCCGGCUCCCGGCCGCUCUGUACGACCCGCUGGAGUCGGGCCCGUCCGGGCUGGUCAGCGCCGACCGCUUCCUGUUGCCCUGGCGGUCGGUCCGCGACGUCCGAACGCCGCACGAGGAGCUCGUCGGACUUUUUACAGAGGGCAUCCGUCAGUGUAGUGACAAAUCUUCGGGUCCGACCGAGAGGACGUUGGCGUGCCUGCCGCUGCAUACCAACUUCUUGUUCCUGCACAGGCUGUUGGACAGGUUUGAGGAGGCGGUGUCGUCGUGCGAGACGCUGCUGGAGGCGUGUCCCGCGUCGUGCGUCCUGCGAGACAUUCUGUGCGAGCUCCUCGUGCGCUCGGGGAAAGCAGACGGCGCCGCGGCCUCGUGGCUCGCCGCGCUGGCCGAGUGUCCCGACGACGCUGAGGUUUUCUACCACUGCUGUCGCUUCCUCAUGGCUCAGGACAAGUGGAGCGUCGUCACGCCGCUCUUCCGAGGAUUCGUCUCGUCUCUGUGUGAUGAGCAAAGCGCUCACGUGGCGCCCGUCCACGUCCUGCGGAGCGUGCUGGGUCUCCCCGCAGACGGCGCGCAUUUGUCUGCUGUCACGAGGAAGGAUCUGGAAGAUCGGCUGCUCCGUCAGCGGUCCUUCCUGCACCUGCUUCACUGUCGAUGGCACUGGCUGCACGGGUCCACGGAAGACACGCUGGACGCCUUCGAGAGGGCGCUGGGCUCGGCCGCGCGCCGCGACGAGCUUCGCCGCCUGUGGACGGACUACCUCCACUACUGCAGCGUGCGAGCGGCCGAGCGUUUGCCCGAGUUGAUCCUGCGCUGCCUGGGCACCGUGCCCGCCCGGCUGGAGGUGCCCUUUGACUCCACCCAUUUCUGGACGUCUUACCGCUUCCACAAUGAGGUGGUGGCGCUCUACCUCAGCUGCGUGGACGCGUCCCGGCAUGCGGCGCUCCUGGAAAGACUCCACUACAUGAUGCCCGCCAACCUCGCCCUGGCGCUCAGGUUGAUGCAGCAGGAGUCGCACGAGGGAAACUUGGAGCACGUCCGAUUCCAGGCCAGAAUGUUGACCAGCAGCGCCCCCAAGUGUUUGCCAGCUUGGAACAUAGCCAUCGCUGUGGAGGCGGAGCUUAAGCAGCCGACAGAGGCUCGCCGUGUUGCGCAACAAGCCCUCCAGAACCUUCCGCUCUGUGCCCACCUGUGGAAACAGCUGCUGCAGUUGGAGGCGUGCGUCGGUGGCGCGGGCGCGGCGGAUCGCGUGGUCCUCGUGCUGUCUCGCGCCGAAGAGGCGGGCGUGACUUUAGCGGAGCCGGUCGCCGCCGCUCAGACGGACGCCGUUUGACGUCUGAGGGCGGCGACGCUUUGGGUCAGAAAGUUGAGAGCAAAAAGCAGCGCCUCCUCCUGGUGUACGUAAGUAUGUCUGCUGAGUGACGUUUGCUUUGUCUCACUUCCUUUCUUUUCCCUGGGGGGGGGACGUGACGUGGGGCACGGCCCGAAGGACGCUCUUCGCCAUCUUUUUGUUGUUGUUGUGAGACUUUUAUUUUGUUAAACUGCUGGGAAACAAAGACAGGCCGCCACGUGUGUGGCGGACGCAGGAAGUGAUGAACGCUGGACAGGACACGGCUCAUUUGAGAUUGUCUUUUUUUUUUUUUAUUAUUUAAAA